AUGUUCUUCUCAUUCACGGAAGCGCAGGCGAUGCACAUCAAAGCCCCCCAGAUGGCAUUUUGGAAAAGACUCCGAGGAGACUGGCGCGAGAAGCGCUCCCUGGAGGGGGCGGGCUGGCGGGCGGCUCGGUCCUUGCGGCAGCGGCUGCGCUUCUGGAGAAGGAGGGAGCGAAAGGAAGGCAGUCCCUGCUCGCCGCCCGCCUGCUCCGCCUCUAGCUGCUGCCGGAGCAGCCCGCGGGGCGAACUCCAAGGCGACCCGCUCCCGGUCGAG